AUGGCUCGCUACAACCCUUUCUCAUUCACCCCCGGGCCUGUCGUCUUCUUCACCACCGCAACCUACAUAGCCCUGUUCGCUGCCUUGUUGAUCGUCCAUCUCAGAGUGCCCGACUACCCGUCCAAGACACCCCAGGGCACAAACCUCACGGAAGCUUGGAAUGACCUCCAGCACAUCACCCGCCACUUUCAUCCCUACAACAGCCGUGCCAACGACCAUGUUCGCGACUACCUUCUGGCACGCGUCAAGCAUGUCAUAGCCUCCCAGCACCUGAGCAGCCAUGAUGUCGAUAUCAUAGACGACAACGUCUCCAAUGCAACCUUCUCGUCCAGCAACACCACCGUCUACUUUGAGGGAACCAACAUCAUCGUCGCCAUCCGUGGAUCCGAAGAUGAUGAACCCUUCUACGCCCCCAACCAGACUGCAUUGACAACCACCCGCCGCCCAGACAACGGCGGAGUGCUCGUCAACGCUCACUACGACUCGGUCAGCAGUGGUUACGGCGCUACCGAUGACGGCGUGGGCGUGGUUUGUGUGCUGCAGCUUCUCUCCUACUUUACCCAAGAGCGCAACUGGCCCAAGCGCACAGUCCUCCUUCUACUGAACAACGGAGAGGAAGACUUUUUGAAUGGAGCCAAGGCCUUCAUGCGCCAUCCAAUCUCCCAAGUGCCCCACACCUUUCUGAACCUCGAAGGUGCCGGCGCAGGCGGCAGAGCGACUCUAUUCCGCAGCACUGACACAGAAGUGACAAAGUACUAUGGCGCUUCCAAGCAUCCUUUCGGCACCGUUAUCAGCGGCGAUGGCUUCAAAAAAGGUCUCAUCCGGAGCGAGACGGACUACAAGGUCUUUUACAGCGAGCUUGGACUUCGUGGUCUGGACGUUGCUUUUAUGGAACCCAGGGCAAGGUACCACACGGUCGAGGAUUCCACGCGCGAGACUUCGCUCAACUCUGUAUGGCACAUGCUCUCCGCUUCCAUAGCCACCGUCUCUGGCUUGGCUUCGGACACCAGCGACAAAUUCACCGGCAGCGAAGAGACGCGUGAAGAUGGCAAGGUGGAUGCCGGCAUGGGCACAGAUGCAGUGUGGUUUGAUUUGCUCGGUCAGGUCUUCGUUGUAUUCCGCCUGCAUACCUUCUUCGCCCUCUGCGUGACAUUGCUGGUCGUGGCCCCCCUCACGCUCAUCGGCCUGACAGUCGGCCUCAGCAAGGCCGACAAAAACUACCUGUUUGCUCGAAAAGCCUACGUUCACUCGUCGGACGAUGACGAACCUGUCUAUUUGUAUGGCUGGCGAGGUUUCUUCCGUCUUCCCAUCGUCUUUGCCGUUGCAACAGCCGCCGUCGUUGGGCUUGCGUACCUCGUGGUUCGCGUAAAUCCACUCAUCGUCUACAGCAGUCCCUAUGCUGUUUGGAGCAUGAUGAUCUCGACAUGGAUCUCGUUCGCUUGGUUCUUCUCGCGCGGAGCCAGCGCAAUGCGGCCCUCUGCGCUCCAGCGCAUCUACGGUCUGAUCUGGCUCUUCGUGGGAAGCUUCAUUCUCCUCGCGUUUGUCACUGCGCUCGCGCAAAAUUACCAAUUAGCUGGCGGCUACUGGGCAUUGUUCUACUUUGCUGCCGUGUUCGCUGCCCUGCUGCUGUCUUAUCUGGAACUCUUCUUUGCACCCAAAAAAUCAGCCUAUGCACAACACUCGGGUCUUCUCGACGAGGACGCCCUGCCUGCCAGUCGACCGCUCACUGGUAAUAGCGCCUCACGCCCCGAAGAUCACUCGCUUCCUGAUGACGAGGCCACCGAAACAACUUCUCUUCUGCGUGGUGAUCAACGAAGCUUUGCAAGGGCAAGGCAUGGCAGUAGGCGGGGAUCAUCGAGCGAAGAAGAAGAGCCUCGGCCGUUGGAUCUCGGACAUCCGUUCCCUGGGGAACAGGAAUGGAGCGGAAAGCUGCCAAGCUGGAUUUGGGUUGUACAGUUUCUGCUCCUUGUGCCGAUUACCGUUCUCCUGGUCGGCCAAAUUGCGUUGCUCUUAACGUCGGCUCUCUACCAGACGCCGUCAGAUGGAAACUCGUCACUCUUCAUUUACCUGUCUUUCGCCGCGCUCACCACUCUGCUGAUCGCGCCGGCCGGACCCUUUGCUCAUCGAAUCACCUACCACAUCCCCACCUUCUUGUUCUUGGUCUGCGUGGGGACUGUUGUUUACAACCUCGUGGCGUUCCCGUUUAGCAGGGAACACCGCUUAAAAGUCUACUUUGUCCAACGAGUCAACCUUGAGACGGGUGUGAACACGGUAUCCCUGACUGGUGUGGAUGGCUAUGUCCAGCAAGUCAUUGGGCAGCUGCCGAGUGCGCAGGGGCAGAACGUCCACUGCUCCACACCUGACGUUGCGACACGCAAAGAGUUGAGGAGCUGCGAGUGGGAAGGACUGCCAGCCAGGGUGGUUGCCGAUGCAUCGCCGUACAGCAACAAAACACACCCCAACAGCUGGCUUGACUACACGAUUACGAAGAGUAACAAGACCAACGAAGCAACGAUUCGUGUUGUAGGGCAGAAUACGCGUGCAUGUCGUGUUCUGUUUGACACGUCGAUCCGGGAUCUGGCGGUUGCCGGGGGCGUCUCAGAUCCCCGCUUCAAACGCACCGGCGAGCACGGCUCCCGCGAGGUGCGCCUCUGGCACCGCGAGUGGUCGCAGCCUUGGAAUGUGAGCGUUUCGUGGGACGCUAAGGAAAAAUCGAAGCUUUCUGGAAAAGUGGUGUGCCUCUGGUCGGAUGCGAAUGCAGGCGACAUCCCUGCAUUCGACGAGGUGCUACAUUAUCUGCCUGUUUGGGCCAUCCCAUCCAAGAUCAGCGACGGGCUGGUGGAGGGCUACAAGCACUUCGAGAUAUGA